AUUAACGAAUGUAUAAACGAGAGGAAUCACAAACUCAUCACGGAAAGUUGCCUAGAGCAUAACGAUAAAGAGGUACGGGCGGCUCUAGUUUUGGCGUAUUUUUGA